AGACUGAGUGGCACGUGUGGGGAUUAAUUGGUACGUGUGAGGGAGAGUGGUGUCGUGUCGACGAGAGACGAUGCCAAAGAAAAGGCAGACAUAUAGGUAAGAAUGAGAAUGCCGUCCUCGGUUAUAGCGUAUGGUUGCCGCUACCGUGCGCCUUUAUUAAAGCAUCAUCUCUUACACUUCACCACCACAACUCCCACUCCCACAACCACUCGUCGCUACCACCACCCUCGCCUCCUUCGUCUAGGUCUUCCGCCUCUCGCCGUCACCACCGCCCUCUCUUCUUGUAAUCUCCCUAACCCUAGCCUCGUCACGGGAAACUCUUUGGGCCGCCGCAUGGAGAGAUUUUGGACUGGAAGUGGUAUCAAUAAGAACAAGGCAAUGGUUGAGCAUUUGCAGCAAUAUGGAGUGAUAAAAUCGAAGAAGGUAGCAGAAGUGAUGGAAACUAUAGAUAGGGCUUUGUUUGUACCUGAUGGGACCCCACCUUAUGUUGACAGCCCUAUGCAAAUAGGGUACAAUGCCACAAUUUCUGCUCCACAUAUGCAUGCAACAUGUCUUCAAUUGUUGGAGGACAAUUUGAAGCCUGGCAUGCAUGCUUUAGAUGUUGGUUCAGGAACUGGAUAUUUGACAGCAUGCUUUGCUUUGAUGGUUGGGCCAGAAGGUCGUGCAGUUGGUGUAGAACAUAUUCCUGAGUUGGUGGAUUCUUCAAUUCAGAAUAUCAAGAAAAGUGCAGCUGCUCCAUCACUCAAAGAAGGUUCUCUCUCGGUGCAUGUUGGGGAUGGAAGGUUAGGCUGGCAAGAGUUUGCACCUUAUGAUGCCAUUCAUGUUGGAGCAGCAGCACCGGAAAUCCCUCCAGCACUAAUUGAGCAGUUGAAGCCCGGGGGCAGGAUGGUGAUUCCUGUUGGGAACAUUUUCCAGGACUUGAAGGUUGUUGACAAGAAUCCAGAUGGUUCUAUCAGUGUUCGAGAUGAGACUUCUGUUCGCUAUGUUCCGCUUACAAGUCGAGAAGCUCAGUUACGGGGCUAUUGAUAAUGUUAGAGUGAGUAAAGAGGACUUGCAUCCAUCUUUUGUCCAUGCUAUUUGUAACCCGAGCAUCAUCUAUAUCAUCUGUCAUAUAUCUCGUCUGGAAAUCUAAGUCUUGGCUGUGUGAUAUUAUUUUGUUUUGUUUUUAUUUUUAUUUUAAUUUUUAAAAUGUGUAUUUUGUACAGACAUAGUACACCUUUACAGAAGUGCCUGCAAUAUUUUUCUUCUGAGGCUGGGAUGCCUUUUCCCGGUAUUUUACUUGAAAAUCCUUUCAUUCGAGCUGGGUCCAGUUUCUUGUUC